AUGGCCAUAGGCAAAAGUAUGACUAGAAACCGGAGCCAUGUUGAUGCAUCAUAUUGGUCAGAACUUAACCAUGAUGUGUUGCUUUUAGUUAUGAUGCAACUGAGAGUUGUUGAUUUUAUUGCAUUCAGUGGAUUUUGUAAGUCAUGGAGGUCAUUUGCACACUCUAACAAGAAGAUGUUUAUGGCAUCUAAAUUGCCUAUGUUGGUGUGGAUCUCUGAUAAUCCUUAUACGAAAGAGUGUUACCUAGAGGACUUUGAAGGAAGAAGAUUCAAAACCCUCCUUCCCAAUUUUGGUGUUAGGAAGUGUGUUGGAUUAACUUGUGGUUACUUAAUCUUUUAUGGGGAGAAACCCAAUGACUUUUGGCUUCUGAAUCCUAUCACAAAGCAUGGAUUACAUUUCCCUGCAUUCCCCAAUAUAGCAACUAAUCAUGGAUUUAAGGCUAUUCUUGUCUUUUCACCUUCAAUACCCGGGUCUGGGUUGGUGUUUGUUGUUAUAAAUAGAUACCAAAAUAAUGGUAUAUGGUUUUCCAUAGCGGUUAUGGGAGCAUGGGGUCAUGUCUCCUCUGCUUUUCGUAUCAUUGAUUUACAUGCUUUCAAGGGGAAAAUAUAUGCCCUAAGGCCUGGUGGGUGUUUAUAUGAAAUGAGACUCAGUCCAAAACCCAAGUUGACUAAACUAGAAGUCAAGAAUUUUUGGAUUCCACAGAUCUUUCAUCAGGAGUUUAUAAGUUCGGGUGAAAACCUUUAUGUGAUUGACAGCUGUCAUUAUCCGUACAUGGUUUAUGAACUAGAUUUUGGCGAAAUGAAAGGGGUGUCGAGAGAAGAGAAAACAAUAGGAGAAUAUGCUUUUUUUCUAAGCGUAUGUAAUCGUCAUGGUGUUGCAAUUAAACCAGAGUCAGAGUCAUGGGCUGUUGACCCUCGGUCAGAAUUCAAGAGUUAUGGUUGCUUCCGUGACUCUAUCGAUGAACCUCAAAAAGGCAGGUUUUUUAAAACACGCAUGUGGUACUUCCCGUAUCUUUGUUUGGAUGUUGAUCUUGUUAAUGAGUGA